AUGGAAGAGCUGAUUCUCUCUCCCUCUCCAUCUUCUUCUUCCCUCGUCUCCCCCAAGUCCUCCAUGUCUCCCACGGCCACGGCCACGGCCACUCCCCCCGGUCUCACCCUCCAGCAGAGGCUUCAGCUGAUGCUCCAGAUCCAGCCCCUCCCCCUUUGGUGGUCUUAUGCCAUCUUCUGGCAACUCCUCAACCACGACGAUGGCCGCCUCCUCCUCUCCUGGGGCGACGGCCACUUCCAAGGCUCCUCCACCGGCACCAACCUCACUCCCUCCUCCCUUUCCCAUUCCCACCGCAACAGGAAGCUCCUCCACCCCAACCCCAACACCCCUCCCCGCCCAGAUGCCUCCGCCGGUGACGUCACCGAUGCCGAGUGGUUCUACGUCAUGUCCUUGACCGGCUCCUUCUCCGCCGGAGAUGGUAUUCCCGGCAAGGCCCUCAGCACGGGGUCCUUGGUCUGGCUCACCGGCGCUCGUGAGCUUGAGUCGUACAAGUGCGACCGAACCAAGGAGGCCGAGCUCCACGGCAUCCGCACCCUCGUCUGCAUCCCCGCCGGUGACGGAGUCCUUGAAUUGGGGUCUUGCGACGUCAUCCCGGAGAACUGGGCCCUUGUUCAGCGAGCCCAGUCUCUUUUCGGCUCCGAUCUGCUUCUUCCCAAGCACCCACCACCACCACCUCCGUUCCAGCUCCACCAGGACCGUAGCGACAUUUCUUUCGCCGACAUUGGAAUAAUUGCCGGCGUUCAAGAGAAUGAUUUUGCUCCUCAAGAUGACCACGAGAAGAAGGUCAAGAAGAAGCCAGAGGCCGCCCCGUUCGGUUCCUCCAGCUACCUGGUGGAGUCCGAGCACUCCGAUUCCGACAGUCCUUUCAUGGCGGCGGUGGCGGCGGCGGCGGCGACGACAGAGAAGAGGAACCCCAAGAAGAGAGGGAGGAAGCCGGGCCUCGGCCGCGACAUGCCGCUGAACCACGUGGAAGCCGAACGGCAACGCCGGGAGAAGCUGAACCACCGCUUCUAUGCCCUGCGAGCGGUGGUCCCGAACGUGUCCAGGAUGGACAAGGCGUCGCUGCUCUCCGACGCGGUGUCCUACAUCAACGAGCUCAAGUCCAAGAUGGUCGACCUGGAGUCCCAGCUACAGAGAGACUCCAAGAAGGUCAAACAGGAGGUGACGGACGCGACCGACAACCUGAGCACCACCACGUCCGUCGACCAUAGCAGCAGCCCGUGCGGAUGCGGCGGAUCUUCGCUGGAGGUGGAGGUGAAGAUCGUGGGGUGCGACGCGAUGAUAAGGGUGCAGUCGGAGAAUGCGAGCUACCCGUCGGCGAGGUUGAUGGGGGCGAUGCGGGAGCUGGAGCUGCACAUACACCACGCGAGCAUGUCGACGGUGAACGACCUGAUGCUCCAAGACGUGGUGGUUAGGGUACCGGAGGGGCUUAGAGGCGAGGAAGAUCUCAGAGCUGCACUUGUUCGAGCGCUAGAACAAUGACUGACUCAGUGUGCGUGGCUUUCCCAAGGGCCCCUGCCUGUUUAAUCAUCUAUCGUGUUAGUGCCUAAUGAAUGCCUAAAUCCCGUGUGGUAUUUCAAAUAUG